UGGAACACGAACACAUGAAUAACGAGCGACAUGAGUAAGAAGGAAGUCGCCUGAACAGCAGAUGAUUAUCAGCCAAUCAGAAGCGCAGAACUGGGUGGCAUCAAGCUGACUGACCAAUAGGAGCGCGACCGCUUACAGCGCUUCAGUCUGUUAUUUAAGUCAACAACACACGCACGCGCUGUCUCACGCCUUCUCAUUCCGCUGUGAAGUUCAUUUCUGCGCAUUUCAGCUCCGCGGCGGUAAUAACGGGCGUUUGAACGUGUGGAAAUGAUGGCGGCUGAUGGAUCUGCAGGACUGCUGGAGGACGAGUGUGAUCUUCAAGAAACUCACACACACUCACAUAAUCAGAGUAGAGAUGCUCCAGUGGUGUUGGUGUGGAGAAACGUGGUGCUGAUGAGUGUACUUCACAUUGCGGCUGUGUACGCACUUUUCCUCAUCCCUUCGGCUUCAGCAUACACACUGCUGUGGACUGUGUUCUGCUUUGUGUUCAGUGCAUUAGGUGUAACAGCAGGAGCUCACAGGCUGUGGAGUCACAGAUCAUAUAAAGCCUCACUGCCUUUACGAAUCUUUCUUGCUGUUGCUAACUCCAUGGCAUUCCAGAAUGAUAUUUAUGAGUGGUCUCGAGACCAUCGUGUCCAUCAUAAAUACUCUGAGACCGAUGCGGAUCCCCAUAAUGCCUCCCGAGGAUUCUUCUUUGCUCACAUCGGAUGGCUGCUGGUAAGGAAACACCCAAAUGUCAUCAAAUCUGGACAAAAACUGGAGCUUAGCGACCUGAAGAAUGACGGAGUCGUCAUGUUCCAGAGAAGGUUCUAUAAGCCCUCUGUGGUAGUGAUGUGCUUCCUCAUCCCAGCAGUGUUGCCAUGGUUCCUGUGGGCAGAAUCUCUGUGGGUGGGCUUUUUUGUACCUACCCUCCUCAGGUACAUGCUGGUGCUAAACGCCACCUGGUUAGUGAACAGCGCCGCCCACAUGUGGGGGAACCGACCAUAUGAUGUUCACAUCAACCCACGAGAGAACAACUUCGUCGCCUUCAGCGCCAUUGGUGAAGGAUUCCAUAACUACCACCACACCUUUCCAUAUGACUAUUCCACCAGUGAGUUUGGCUGCAAGCUGAACCUUACUACCUGCUUCAUUGACCUCAUGUGUGUUCUGGGUCUGGCUAAAGACCUCCGCCGUGUCCCCACAGAGCUCGUCAUGGCUCGUGCCAAGCGCACCGGGGACGGGAGCCACAGGAGUGGAUAAUUCGUUGCAGUGAUGCAUCUCUGGUCACCACCUCUGGAUUAAAUCAAGACCUGGGCAUCUGCAUGCUGUACAGAAGUGGAGAAAGGCUGAGAUCACUUGAGGAUCUUCAGAUUCCUACAUGCUGAAUUACAUCUCAUACAUUAAACAUAGCGGAGUUGAAUGUUUGUCGGGGUUUGCGCUUGCAGGGAAUUUCUGCAGAAUCAAUAAAAUUUGAUAACACAAA